GAGGGGGAGGAAGCGAUGGCGGUCCCGGUGAAAGCAACGCUGGCUCUCCUGGUCCUCAGUGUGGCAACUGCCUCAUGUGCGGAAGUGGAGGAGCGGCUGGUGAGUCACCUGUUGUCAUCGGAGCGCUACAACAAGCUGAUCAGGCCAGCUGUUAACAACAGCCAGCAGGUCACCAUUUACAUCCAGGUGUCUCUGGCCCAGCUGAUCAACGUGAAUGAAAGGGAGCAGAUCAUGACCACCAACUGUUGGCUCACUCAGGUAUGGAAUGACUACAGAUUAAUGUGGGACCCUGAAGAGUAUGAGGGAAUCAAGAAAAUCCGCCUCCCGUCACAACACAUCUGGCUGCCAGACAUCGUCCUCUACAACAAUGCCGAUGGGACCUAUGAAGUUUCCUUCUACUCCAAUGCCGUGGUCUCCAACAAUGGUGAGGUUGCCUGGCUUCCACCAGCUAUCUACAAGUCAGCUUGCAAAAUUGAAGUCCGUGAUUUCCCCUUCGACCAGCAGAACUGUACCCUCAAGUUUCGCUCCUGGACCUACGACCACACAGAGAUUGAUCUAAUCCUCCUCAGUGAUUUUGCAUCACGUGAUGACUUCAAACCCAGUGGUGAAUGGGAUAUCGUCUCAUUGCCUGGACGCAAGAACGAAGACCCUAAUGACAUCAGGUACCUGGAUAUCACCUAUGACUUUAUAAUCAAGAGAAAACCUCUGUUCUACACCAUCAACCUGAUCAUCCCCUGCAUCCUGAUAACAUCCCUGGCCAUUCUGGUGUUCUACCUCCCGUCAGACUGUGGUGAGAAGAUGACUCUCUGUAUUUCUGUCCUUCUGGCUCUGACUGUGUUUUUACUCCUAAUCUCAAAGAUUGUACCACCUACGUCUUUAGCAGUGCCUCUGAUUGGGAAGUACCUAAUGUUUACGAUGGUGCUGGUCACCUUUUCCAUUGUCACAAGCGUUUGUGUGCUCAACGUGCACCAUCGGUCCCCCAGUACGCACACCAUGCCUCCGUGGGUCAGGCGUGUCUUCUUAUACCAGCUCCCCUCAUAUCUCUUCAUGCGGAGACCCGGUAGCUCCAACAUCCGUGAGAAGUUCAGGAAAAAACACCAGCAGCGAUCGUACUCUGACCAGAAGCUGCGUGGAGCGGACGGGGGGACUGGAAGCCCUGCAGGAAUGGCAGAUUCCUCCUCGUCUUUCUUUGUCAACGAGGAGUCGGCCAAACGCUACGGCUGGAAGAUUAGCGACUUGUCAGAGAACACAGAGUUCAGAAAGAGGAUGACACUCAAGUGCAACAUUGACGUGGAGGAUGCAGUAGAUGGAGUGCGCUACAUCGCUGAGAAGAUGAAGAGUGAGGAUGAUGAUGAAGGGAUCAUUGAAGACUGGAAGUACGUGGCCAUGGUGAUCGACCGUCUCUUCCUGUGGAUCUUUGUGUGUGUGUGUGUUGUCGGGACGGUUGGCCUCUUCAUGCAGCCCCUGUUCCAGAGUUACAACACCCCCAUUAUUGAUGACAUGGACCAUAACUGAAACCUAAAACCUGAACUUUGAUCUUAACAUGACCCAGACAUGAAC